GCCUUCGCGUGCGGCUUAAUCCUCCGCGGCUUCCGUAAGGUGUCGUGGCGCUUGUGGAGUUACGAAGGCGAAAGUACAGCGGCUCUAAAUAGUUUCCGGCUGAUAAUGAGGCGUGCGGGUUUGGGUGAGGGUGGCCCUCCAGGCAAUUAUGUAGCAAGUGGAUACAGCGUGUAUGAGGAGGAGAAUGAACAUCUACAGGAGGGACUGAGAGCUAAAGUACAUGCACUUAAACAUCUUUCAAUUGACAUUGGAAAUGAAGUCAAGUACCAGAAUAAAAUGUUGGGAGAAAUGGACUCAGACUUCGACUCAACUGGAGGUCUGUUGGGAGCCACCAUAGGUAGACUGAAGCUCCUCUCCAGGGGAAGCCAAACUAAGGUGUAUUGCUACAUGCUGCUGUUUGCUCUGUUUGUUUUUAUUGUCCUGUACUGGGUGAUCAAACUGAGGUGAUUGAAGACUGAUGAGAAUCUUCAGGACCUUUCUAAUGUGCCAUGCUUAUUUGGAGGAGAGGGGCAGAACCCUCACAGUGAUGACGAGGACUGAGGUAAUUGAGGAGUGCGUGAGAGCAUUCUUUCCUCUUUCCAUUGGACAAGAAUUUGA